AUGUUUCUGUCUCCCGCUCAGACCAGCCUGAAGGCUCAAGCUGCAGGUCUGCAGGACUGGACUGAGGGAUCCUUGAGAAGUGUUUCACUCCGCAAGAAUAGCGUCGCUGUCACUAAAUCUCAGACUGUGCGGAAGAAAGCCAGAGGACCCCUGGUGGUGAAGGCAGUGGUUCCUAAGAAUCUGGUGGAUGUUACCACCAUUGAUGAGAAGAAGUUCGAGGCAUUGGUGCUGCGACGGGUGGUGUUCGGCCAUGAUGACUGGAAGGUUAUCGGCGCGCUCGGACCCGCAGUUUCCGUGAUGACUGGAAUCGCAGCUGGUGUGGUUGGGUGGAAUGAGCUGGUCACGAUGGGUGCAUUGCCGGAGUGGGCUCCCGUGCUGCACAUGUCCAACCUCCCGUACACCCUCACGGCACCUGCUCUCUCCUUCCUCCUCGUCUUCCGGACCAAUGCCAGCUAUGGCCGUUUCGACGAGGCGCUGUCGUACAUGGCUCGCGACCAGUACACGUACGAGUACCCCAAGCGCGCUCAGUUUAUCCGCCACCUGCAGGCGUUCGCGCUUACCUACAAGCACCACUUUCUGCAAGAGGGCUCUCUGGAGGAAGACCUUCGUCAAUUCACCACUCUGUCCGACGAGGAGAUUGCGGGGAUUCUGGGGGCAACCCACAGACCCAACUAUGUGCUGCAGAUGAUGUCGGAGUGCAUGCGCUCGUGCCACAUGGAGCCAGUGCACCGCGUGGCCAUGGAGGCCAACUUCACGACAUUCGCGGAUGACAUCGGAGGCAGCGAGCGUCUCUUCAAGACGCCCAUCCCGCUCUCCUACACGCGCCUCACCUCGCGUUUCCUGGUCCUCUACCACAUGUUCCUGCCUUUCGCUCUGUGGGACCCCCUCGGCUGGCUCACCAUCCCCGUGACUGCCACGUGUGCGGCCAUCUUUUUCUGCAUCGAGGAAGUUGGAGUGCUCAUUGAGAACCCCUUCCCCAUCCUGGCACUCGACGUCAUCGCUCAAUCAGCACGGAACAAUGCUGGUGAGCUCGUGUCACUGCAUGAAGGCAUUCGCAACCUAGUGGUGGAGGACGAUUUGGAGAUGAAGAUGCUGUCAGCAGUCUCCCAAGAAGCACUGCUGCCUCAUGCGCCUCAGUACGUACCUGAGCCCGAACCCGAGUACCAGUCCGACUGGGAUGAAGACGCAGCUGCUCUUGUCACCACCCCCACACCGCCUCCUCCUACCCCCAAUGGCCCCAUUGCUGCUCGUGGCCCUUACAGCACAUGA